CAAGCAUUACGUGAGAGUAUGCGGGAUGUACCAGCCGGCUCCGAACUGACUGAACAAGAGGAAGAAAUGGAUCGUCAGUUGCAACGUGCCCUGCAAAUGAGUCUCGAGCAGAAUCUACCGGAUCCGUGUACGGUGGCCGGUGGCUCGGGACUAUCCGGUAACACGACCAAACAACUGAUUAGUAGAUUUGAGAAAUCUGGAGAGGUUGAGCGGUGUUCUGAUCCUAAAGUAUCGCUGAGUGCUAAAGAGUCGUCUUGUGAAGCCACUAGCAGUAGUUGUUUCAGUGGAACUAAGAUUGUAGGCGGAUGCAUUAAGAAUCCGAAAGGUUUAGUUGACACCGAUGAAUCAAUGGAUGUAAAAGAUGAAGUGGGUCCAGAUGGUGCACCGAAACCUGCGGAUUCCGAAGAAAGUGCAUUCAGAAGUGCAGAUUCAUCGGAGGAAUAUUCGGUUAUAUGUCAGUCAGCUGGCGGGCGUAUUAUGGCAACACUCUCUGAAUUGAUCACAGCAAGCGACGAUACACCUCCGUCAUCACAACUUGGCCAAGCAGCGAUCCCUCAUCAUCAUACCGGUGUCAGUAUGCAACAACCCGGUGGAAUGCUAUCAGCCUCACAACAACAACAACAGCAGCAGCAACAACAAUCGUCAUCAUCGAAUUUGAUGCGAAUGCAACCAGAUGAGACGGCGACUGGUAGUCCUAACGUGGAUCGAAUGCCUCAGCUGAAGCAAUUGAUGCUGAGUGCAGACGAAGAUAUUACUAGACCGUCACAAACAUUCCCAGCGCCAAUUCGAACGGCCGAAGAGUGUGUUGAUGAUCUGCUAAGUGAAGGCGCUCCACCAGAUUCUGCACUGGGUCAAGCGGUUGAUAAUUUGUUCGUUUCCUGGAAUCAAUUGAUUCUCGAUCUUUCGGCACGUCCCGGUUUUACAGUACCCACAGCCGAGCAUAUCAAGGAGGUGGCCGAAUGCACCAUUCGACAGGUAAUGUUGAUUUCUGGAAUAAUGAUAGAUUUGACCAAUUACGAUCAAGCAAUCAUACGCCAGCAAACAUUAAUUGGACGAGCGGCCGGUAUUAUGCAAAGGCGGUUGGACGAUUUCGCUAAUGAAUCCUCAUCGGAGUUGUGA